GCAGUGUUCGUCAGUGUUCAUUUUGUUUCGGUUGUCGUUCUGAUCCACAUCCUUGCGCAUAGAGCUGUGAUAAAGAGCGACGAAGCGGUGCUAGUUGUGCUGUUGAGGCACUGUUAGGUGCCUUGGUGCAUCGUGGGAAGGGGGGCCUUUGCGGUCACGUGACCGAGCUGCGUUUUCGAGCGCACUAACCCAGAUUGUAAAUAGAGAGUGUACAUAGUGUGAUACUGUGAGUGCUUAGGUGUGUGGGAUUUUAGUUGGCAAUGAGCUCAAGCAACAAAUCCCUGGUGUCCUCUGGUGGAAGAGGCACCAAUAAAAACAAAUCACAACAACACGGCAAAUCAGAUCAUCAGUCUAAAACGGAUUCGACAAAACAUGACAAGGCCCAGCAAAACACAAAUCAGAUCCGGCACGCACAAAUUAUCGACACCAGAAUGGCGGGAGGUGAGGACCCCCUUCUAAAGGAACGUAUUAAGGAAGUCAUGGCUAUGACUCAACGUUCGGAAGACGCGGUUAUCACGGCUCUGCAUGACAGUGAUGGUGACUUGGAGCGUGCUGUCAACGAUCUUCUGGAAGGGGGACAAACAGAAUGGGAGGUGAAAAAGAAGAAGCCUCGUCAGCCCAGCGGUUCCAAGCAGAAUACGGAUCAGUCCGGUGGUCAACAGGACAAUGGCGACUGGGAAGAACGCCGCAACCAACGUAGCGGCGGUCCUCCGCGUAUGCGAGGCCGUGCUAACCAUGACAACCGUGGAUGGCGUGGGCGAGAAAACAAAGAGAACGAGAGAAACAUGGAGGAUGGUGUUCGCGAUGGCGGCAGUUACAGCAGAAGAGGUAGGGGUGGACCAGGAAGAUCAGGUCGCGGAGGUCGUGGUGGUGGUAGAAGUCUUGGACCUAGGACUUUUGCGAAUCGCAAUGACCCGUCGUCUACCUCCACUGCUCACAGCUUUAAUCGUCCCAUCGACACCUGGACUGGUAGCGAAGAACAGCAACAAAGUAUUCAGGAACCAAAAAUGGAUGCUUGGCAAAAUUUGGAAUCCACAGAAGAUUGGGACAACGAGGAAUACACGGGGUCUUUGGCAGAUACCAAGGUCUUCACGCCGAGCGCGAAUAUCCUGGAACCUCCUCCUGCUCUAGAAGAACCAAAGCCUCAGGAACUACCGUCGACGCAAGCCGGUCAAGGUGUCAAUCUCUCGCUGCUUCAGCAGGAAGUACGAUCUUACAAAGAACUACCGAAACUCUCUGAAAUGUCUACGAUGCAGCAGCAGAGUUUACUGCAGCAACAACCUCAACAACCGCAGCAACAGCAGCAGCCGCAGCCAACUGUAUUAAGCUUACCGACGUUGCAGUUGUCACAGCAACCCAGCGCUAUUAGCAGCGGCGUACUAACGGCGGCGCAAACUCAAUAUCUGACGCAACUCACUCAGCAGACGAGCGAAAGCUUAAAAGCGGCUGGGCAAACGUCGUUUUCAUCGUCUGUAUCCAGUCAGCCUCAAAGGCAAGCAAAGCAACGUCCAAGAGUUCCUCCACCGUCAAAGAUACCGUCGAGCGCCGUAGAGAUGCCGGGUGACGCGGUGAACAGCGGAAUGGGCUACCUCGAUGUGCAAUUCGGCGCGCUUGAGUUCGGCAGCGAUUCGGGCUCCCUCGACGGUUCCGCGAAUGAAAAAUACAAUUCGACAAAUAGUACAAUUCCUGGUGUGGACAUGACUUCCGGUGCGAACGCUGUGAACACUGCCAACACGAGUAAUUCACUCGAUAUUGAAACUACGCAAACUUCCACCGCACCCUUCAACGCCAGUUCUCAGAUGCUGUCGAAUGCCGACAACCUGCCGGUGUCGAGUGACCAUUCGAUAAAUUCCCAAAGCUUCACCGCUCGCGGAAGCAGUACUGGCCAAAGUUUGGACAUAACUAAGCAAGACUUCACGUCGCAAGUCUCGCCUGGAAAUGCACCGACGUACGGCGCGUCGACGACGUACCAGGCAUCGCAGAAAUCGUCCUUCCAGCCGUCAAGCGGCACGCCGAGCACUUACAACGCGUAUUCGACGAAUAGCCAAUCUUCACAAUCUACCUUCCAAACGGCGUCAGCCGCCAACACGAAUAGUUACUCCGCGACAGCGACGGUAUCGCAGGCGAGCUACAACUCGUCGACGUCGUUCCCGCAAUCAAACGCGUCAACCUUUAGUCAGGCUUCUCCUUCCGCAUCGGCGUCCGCGACUUCCGGUUAUAAUCAACCCACCACUAGUAGCCAGGUAAUGGUUUACCAAUCCGCGAGCGGAUAUGUACCGGCUACGACAUCACAAUAUCAAGCGCAAUCCGUAGCUACUAAUACUGUGUCGAACAGCAACGCUGGAUAUCAGGCGUAUCAGCCCCAGGCUUAUCAGUCUUCUGUGACGACGUUCACGUCACCGAUAACGCAAAGUUCUGGUGCUUACCAGAGCGCCGCGCAGUCUGUAUACGCGAGCCCGUACGGCAGUUACGCCAGCCAGCCGCAAGCGGCGUCUCACAAUCAUAAGCUGAACAGCACCGCGACGAAGGACUCGCAAUACGACAGCAGCGCGACGACGUCAAACAGUUCGCUCGCGACGACCAGCGCGCCGACGUUGGGUCUCACCUCGGCUUCCGUAAACAGUUCACAGACUAAAGUUACGAAUUCUAAUGCUGUACCAAAAAGCACGUCGAGCGGCGUAGUGACAGGCAGCAGCGGUACCGGGAACAUGACGGGCGGUGGUGCGGCCGGAAGUAUGACUCCCAUGCUGAGUCAUCAGUACAUCAUGGGUCAGGGUGUGCCGUAUGCAACCUUCCAGCAACCCGUGUACAGCUACGAGGAUUUACAAAUUGUGCAGCAGAGAAUACCGCACAUGCCAACUACUGGUUACUAUGACGCGGCGCUGGGCUAUCAGACAACUGGUCCCGCUACAAGUCUCGGUGGUGGCAGAGGCGACGCGCUCUCCGCCGUGCAGGGCGUUCAGGGUGUCCAAGGGGUGCAGGGAGCGUAUACCAGUAUUAGCGACGCCAGAUUUGCCAGAAACGACAGCAACGCGUCUCCAGUUCCUUCCACGAUGUCGCAGCAGACCGCCACGCAGCAUCAGCAGCCGAUGAUGAAUCCCACACUCCCUCCAGGAUACGCAUACGCAUUUACGUACGGCAGCGGCAUCAUGCCGGGAGGUUUUCAGUACGGAACUCCCGCCAUUUAUCCGCAAAUAGCUACGGCCGGCAAUGCUGGCACGAAUAGCGGCGCGUACAGUGCUAAGCCUGGUAGCUACGGGUCUGGCUACGGCGCUGGCGCGAGCUACGACGCUUUGGCUUCCGCUGGUCCGUCCGGCGAGUACAAGGGCGCUGGUAGCAGUUACACCGGCACCCAGACCGGCAAGACCGGCACUUCCACGGGAAACACUAACACCGCUGGCUCCUCUGCGACGGAUAUCAACGCCACGAUGUAUGCCAAGAGUCACGUGGCUCUCAGCAAAGUAAACUCUUACGAGAAACAAACUUUCCACUCGGCUACUCCGCCGCCGUUCGGUCUCACGGGCAACCAAAACGCUGGCCUGCCUGGUGGUUACGGUGCGCCACAUCUCUUCAUACCGACGAUGGCGCAUCAGUUGCACCAACCGCUCCAUCAAGACGGCAGCAAUAGUACUCAGAGGUCCAACACGAGUUCGCAGAACAAACCUCAAACAAAGCCUGGAUAUAGUCCUAGUUACUGGACCGGAAACAACUAAAAGAACAGUUUGGACUUGAUGCGACGUCUUGCUAGAAAUAAAAUUGCUUACUAUUGUUAAAUUAAUUCGGGAGAGAAGUAAGAUAUUUUAUAUCUAGUGUAUACAGAAUCAAGGAUGUGAACAAACGCAAUAUCUUAACAGGGAUGUGAUUAAUAACUUGCUGUCAGAGAAAUAUUUAUAAAAUUUCGCAGUUUCAAAGUACAUAUCCAUCGAUGGGGCGAGGCAAUAUAUUUGUGACAAAUUGUCUUUUGUCUAUUAUUUGUAUUUUAUUAAAAAUAAAAAUAAGGCGUAGCAAUAAUAAAUAAAAAAUUUGCUAAUCUUUCACGAUAAUAAUCUAAUUUUUCUCGUCAUUAAGUUAGCACAUUACUUCGUUUAAUCAAUCAUUGAAUGAUAUGAACUUGGAGGAGUGAAUACUUUUAUAAAUGUUUCUUUUAAUGGCAGAUUAAUCUUAUUGCUAUUAAGAUGUUGCAUUUGUUCUCGUUGGUUCUGUGUAUCGGAUAUCAAGUAUCUGACUUCUUUCCAAUAAUAGUGAAGGAUUUCUUUUUUUACUGGCAAGAUGUUGCGUUUACUUUUGAAACUUGAACUGUAUAAUAUAACCGAAUGUGAGCUCAAAAUAGGUUGUUCUAUUUACUGCUGCAAAUCAGAGAAAAAAAGCAUCUGGUAUUGCAUAUAUGUAUGCAAUAUAUAUAUGCAAUUAUUAACUCGGUGCUUCCUUCUAUGAUUUGCAGUAGUAACGGAACAACCAAAUUUGACCUAUUUCAGUUAUGUUAUAUAAUUUAUAUUAUUGUUUUAUUUGUUCGGUUCAGCGCACUCGCAAUCUUCUCCAAGAGACUGGCAUGGAACGCGAUACCACAUGAAAUAAUUUCUUGCAUUUUAUGCGACGGUAUAUGUGCAAAUCUUGUAUAAUUGCAUAUUCUUUAUAACUGUAAAUUGCGCUCGUGCCAAAAGAAAUUAUAGCGUUUGCAAUUGCGGUGAUCGAGUCCACAAUUGGUCAACCACCAUCAAUUGAGUUUUGUAUCAGGUUUUCCUUCUGUAUAUGACAGUGCAAUUUUGAAUGUAUUGUAUUGACAGCGAAAAGGGUAAUGGUGCGUUUCUAGAUUGUUUUCUUUUCUCUUUUGUAUAAUGUAAACGCAAAUGUGUAACGCACAUUGUAACUUCGGAGAUUCCGAUGGAAUAAAUGUAAAUUCAGUUUAUCACGAUCGUACGAAAAAAAAUGAUCGGAUUUACGUUUUACUACGUCGAAUUCUCCCGAGUUAUAACUUGCGUGAGAAUCUCACAUUUAAAAUUAAAAUUUAAAAAAUUGCUAUACUUUUUGUUUUUUAUUUGUUUAAUGAUUUAGAUUUAGAAACAUCGUUACUUUAGCUCCUAUCAAUAAUGGUUUCUUCUUUUAUUACAAUUAUUAUGAAAAAGGUGCAAAUGUCGUUUAUUGUUGCUGCCAAACGUCAUCGUGUUUGUCACAAAUCUCACUGAUCUCUCAACUUGAUCGCUGAAUUUUCAAAGAUUGUGGAUUCAGUGGAUUCUUGGAACUUUUCAGACAUAGAUAAGGAGCUGAAUCUACGAUCGUAACAAUUUACAAAAUUAAAAUAUUUAAAUAACAUCUAAUAAUCCUAUUUAGUUCUUCCACUGCUUAAAAGAUAGCAGUAUAUUUUUUCUUAAAGCGAAAUGUUUGUGAAAGUGAUAAAGAUUUGAAAGAAUUUCAACAAUAAAUAAUUGUUUUAUUAUCUAAUGAUAGAUUUAAGUUAAAAAUAUAUUUGAAAAUUUGGCAAUUAAAAGUUGAACGCGAUCAGUAAGAAUAUGAUACGAACGUAAAGUAACGAUGUGUGGAUGGUAAUAAUGAGCACAUUUUUUAAUCGUUUUUAUAAUUGCGAUAAAAAGAGAAGCAAUUAUUUAUUCCGUCUGGUGUACACAUUCAUUAAUAUUGCACUAUUUACGCCGAUGAGAAAUGCGACCUGUACAGUCAUAUGCAUAUUGACCGGAAAUAAUACAUUGACCAACACGGAACACACAUAUUUUGAAAACAUACUUUACACAUUUUUGCAUUGUGAAUAAUGAAUGAUCGCAGAUAAUCCUUCGGUGAGAAAAAAAAAACUAAUGAAAAAGAUAAAAGUGAAAACAACGUACGUCGAACGAGCGAAAGAAAUGUAUGUGAAGCGUUUUCACAAAGGUGCUGUGAGAAUUGUUACAAUUUGCGCGUGUACGAUAAACGAUGAAGAAACGAUGUUUCUUCUAGCACGAAUGGACAGACGGACCGACAAAGCUUUACCGAGUAUCGCUAAAUGUAAGCGAAAAGUAAAUAGUUGUAAGUAAACUCUCGUUAGUCGACUGCAUAUAUAUAAAUAUAUAAAUACAUAAACUCGUAUAAAUGCGAUAAUGAGUAGGAUGCGUUUUGAAGAACUUGGAAGACCAAAAUGUAGAUUAGCUUCCUUUUUUUCGGAGAAGAGUGUAAAUCUGUACUCAUGAGCUCUCUCUCGAGAGAGAAGUCGGGCUACAUUGUCUUCGCCGUAGUCCCGCGAAUGUGGACUACUAAACCGCUCAUUUCUGAUACACGUUUUGAAUAUGCAUACGGCCGGCACCGAUGGAGGAACGAAUUGGUGAACCGGCCAAGAGAAAAUCAAGUAACAUUUUCGUUCUAUCUUAGUGUAUGUUUUAGUCGAUUCGCACUCCCCCUUGUAUACUCGAAUCAAUUUAGGACAAGAUAAUAUAAGUGUAAUGUAUAAUGGAAAGUAAGGGGAAAAUAUGCAAAAUAUAGAAGAAAUGGAGGAAAACAAAAAAAAGAGAUAAGAUUCUGAGUAAGCACGUUUGUUCUCAUAACAAUUAUUAUACAUUAAUAAUUUUUGUAUUUUUGUCAAAUAUUAACCGAUUGAAACGAGAAUGCAAAAUGCAUUAAGCCACUAUUGCUACUAUAUAAUUAAUAAUAAUAAUGAUAGCUACUGUGUAUAAAUAUGGAUAUAUAAGAAUAAAUGUAUUAAA